AUGAGACUGUAUCGGGCUCUGAGGACGCUGCUGCUGUUGCUCGGCUCGACGGGCCCGAGGUUGAGCCGGGGCAGCGCCAUAAACGAGCACAGCGUCGCCCUGGUCAAGAGCUACGAGAACGACACGGUGCUGCUGCCCUGCCACGUCGAGGAUCUCGGCCUGCAGACCCGAGUGCGCUGGUAUCGGGGCGGAGUGCUGCUGGCCGACAGCGAGGAGGAGCCGGGCGGUAGCGCCAACGCGUCCGAGUCCUCGUCUCGAGUCAAGAUGUGGGGAAAUCGCAGCCUCGAGAUCGUCCAGGUGAGGCCCGAGGACAGCGGCGAGUACGUGUGUCAAGCCUCGCGCCCCGAGCCCUGGGGCCACGUCACACAAGUCCACCAGAUCCAGGUCAUGUAUCCGGCCAGCAGUAAACCCGUGCCCGAGAGCGGCCAGGUCGAGGUUUCGCUGGGCGAGGAGGCCGUCCUCGAGUGCGAGACCCACGGGGUGCCCAAGCCCAGCCUCGCCUGGAAAUUCCAGGGCGAGGAGUUGCCCGUCUUGACGUCCGGCCAGAAGCUCAAGAUUCACGCGACCAAUCGCAGCUUGGCCGGCCUUUACACGUGCGAGGCGAGCAACGGCAUCGGCGAGCCCGCCGCGGCCAACAUCGAGCUCAGGAUAAAGCACAAGCCGGAGGUGAGGUCGAAGUCGGCGUGGCUGCACACGGCGCCGGGCAUCCGGGCCCAGCUGGACUGCCGGGUGACCUCGUGGCCGGAGGCGCGUCUCGACUGGCUGCUCGACGGCGAGCCAUUGGCGCGCUCGCAGCGUCUGCUGCGCUACAAGCAGGAGGCGGCCCAGGAGGACAACUCGCAGAUCCACUCGCUGGUCAUCAGGAGCGUACGGGCGCAGGACCUGGGCACCUACACGUGUCGGGCGACCAACGAGCUGGGCGCGGCCGAGGCGACGAGCGAGCUCUCGGGCCUGGCCAAGCCGCCGCUGCUGAAGCGCGAGCUGCGCGCCUCCUCCGCGAACAGCGUCAACUUCAUCUGGGAGGUCGACAGCUACAGUCCCAUAGUCGAGUACCAGUUCUGGUUCAGGCAGUAUAAAGGCACCGGCGAGGGUGACUCGUCGGCCGAGCACGUCUACGUGGGCCAAAGGUCGCUGGACAGUCGGGAGGACUGGCGCAGGCUCUUCAUACCGAGCAGCAACGAGGCCGCCUCCGACGGGCCACUCUACGCGAGAUCCUUCAAUUUGACGGGCCUCCAGCCGUCUAGUCAGUACGAGGCUUUGGUGCUGGUUCGCAAUCGAUUCGGCUGGAGCAGCCCGUCCAAAGUGGUCAGAUUCACCACCGACCUGUCGACGACCGCGAUAGAAGAUGAGGAUUACAAAAUCGACGUAGAUGGCCACGAUAACAUACCUUCAGCAGCCGUCCAAGCGACGUCGGACUCGCAGAGAUCCUCGGAAUACGUCAACUCGACGGCACGUCUCUACUCAAAGUUUGCGACAUUGACGCUGAUCGUCAUGGUCGUGGCAUCCAGUUGA